AGUGCAAUGUUUGUGGGUGCUAAGGUUAGGCCGGAAGUGGUGUUGCGUAGGGAAUGGGGGGACGCGCCGAAUCGCGGCUCUACGGGCGAAACGGGAGGCUUGUGGCGCUGGGCUGGAGGUCAAGGAUGCAGUCCAAGAAAGUUCUAAAAAUAUAUCAUCAGGUCCAACCUGGUAGUUAACCUAGCUAUGAAAAGCCUCCUUGGAUCCUCACUGGGUCAGACCAUACUGGCAUUCUUAAAAACUCUUCCCAUUAAAAAGUGUCAAGAAUGAAAAUAUAAGGUAUAUACCUACCACUUCAAGAAAGUUCCUACCAGCCAACAGUCUAGCACAUUAGCUUGCUGCUUUGAUCAUCAAACAGACAUACUCAAGCUCAACACAGCAAAGGAAAAUGUCUCUGUAUCAAUAUUUUUCACAUUCUGUGUGUGACCCAUCAGUAGGUCAUGAAAUCAGUUCUAAAGAGGAAAAAUGAAGUGAAAUAUGCAGAAGCAUGUUCAAGUUCAUCUGCUGUAUCUGGAAAUGUGAAUAGUGACAAUACUGAGAAAAAUAGUGACUCUGAUUUGCAAUCUUCAGCUUCGUUUGAGCCACAUUUCAAAAAGAAAAAAGUAAGUGCAAGACGUUACAAUGAAGAUUAUUUAAAAUACGGUUUUAUCAAAUGUGAAAAACCCUUUGAAAAUGACCGACCUCAGUGUGUUAUUUGUAAUAAUAUUCUUGCAAAUGAAAGCUUAAAACCUUCAAAAUUAAAAAGACACUUAGAAACUCAGCAUGCUGAACUUAUUGGUAAGCCUCUUGAAUAUUUUCAAAGAAAGAAAAAAGAUGUAAAGUCAUCAACACAAUUUCUUGGUGGUUCUACCGCCAUUAGUGAGAAAGCCUUAUUAUCAUCAUACUUAGUUGCAUAUCGGGUAGCAAAAGAGAAAAUGGCUCACACAGCUGCUGAAAAAAUAAUUCUUCCAGCAUGUUUGGAUAUGGUACGUACAAUUUUUGAUGACAAAUCAGCUGAUAAAUUGAAAACGAUAUCUAGUGAUAACACAAUAUCUCUUCGCAUUUGUACUAUUGCGGAACAUUUAGAAACAAUGCUUCUUGCUCGGUUGCAGUCUGGUAUAGAUUUUGCAAUCCAGCUUGAUGAAAGCACUGAUAUGGGGAGCUGCACAACAAUCUUAGUUUAUGUCAGAUAUGCGUGGCAAGAUGAUUUUAUGGAGGAUUUUUUGUGUUGUUUAAAUAUAACCUCACAUCUAAGUGGAUUAGAUAUUUUUACAGAAUUAGAAAAGUGCAUUGUUGGUCAAUAUAAAUUAAACUGGAAAAACUGCAAAGGAAUUACAAGUGAUGGAGCAGCAAGCAUAACGGGAAAACAUAGCAGAGUAAUUAAAAAAUUGCUAGAAGUUACUAAUAAUGGUACUGUGUGGAAUCAUUGUUUUAUACAUCGUGAAGCUUUAGCAUCCAGAGAAAUCCCACAGAAUCUCAUGGAAGUAUUGAAAAAUGCAGUGAAAGUGGUUAACUUUAUUAAAGGAAGCUCACUAAAUAACCAGCUUCUUGAAACAUUUUGUUCAGAGAUUGGAACUAAUCAUACCCACUUACUAUAUCAUACCAAAGUCCGUUGGUUGUCUCACGGGAAAAUACUAAGCAGGGUUUAUGAACUCAGGAAUGAGAUUCACAUUUUUCUUACUGAAAAAAAAUCUCAUUUGGCAAGUAUUUUUGAAGAUGAUAUUUGGGUAAUGAAAUUGGCAUAUUUAACUGAUAUUUUUGGCAUUCUUAAUGAACUGAGUUUAAAACUACAGGGGAAAAAUAGUGAUAUAUUCCAACAUGUCGAACGUAUCCAGGGAUUCCGAAAGACAUUAUUGUUAUGGCAAGCGAGGCUGAAAAGCAACCGUCCUAGCUACUACAUGUUUCCAAGAUUUUUGCAACAUAUUGAAGAGAAUAUUAUUAGUGAAAACAUUUUGAAAGAAAUAAAAUUAGAGAUAUUGUUGCAUCUCACUUCUCUGUCUCAAACUUUUAACCAUUUCUUCUCAGAAGAGAAAUUUAAAAUAUUAAGAGAAAAUUGCUGGGUAAAAGACCCAUUUGCUUUUCGAAACCCAGAAUCAAUAAUUGAGUUAAACUUGGUGCCUGAAGAAGAGAGUGAAUUAUUGCAGCUCAGUUCUUCAUAUACAUUGAAGAGCGAUUAUGAAACAUUAAGUUUAUCAGCAUUUUGGAUUAAGGUGAAGGAAGACUUUCCUCUGCUAAGUAGAAAGAGUGUCCCGCUAUUACUACCAUUCACAACAACUAGCUUGUGUGAGCUAGGGUUUUCAGUCUUAACCCAGUUAAAACCAAAGGAAAGAAAUGGGUUGAAUGGUGCGGCAGGUAUGCGGGUAGCCUUGUCCUCCUGUGGUCCAGACUGGGAUGAACUUAUGAACAGGCAAGCACACCCAUCACAUUAAAUAAAUCUUACCUGGUUUUUGUUUUUGUGUUUCUUAUUUUGUGACAUUUUCCUACGUUGUAUUUAGAUGUUAAUAUAGCAUUGUAUGAGAUAACUUUGUUUUUAUUUUUGUUACAUUUAAAUAUUAAUAAAA